AAAGGCUCAUUGGCUGGUAAAACUCACAGAGUCAAGGUGGAAGAAGACAAUCCUUGCUGAAUUAGAAUAAUGGACCUCCUGCAUAGUGCAGGGGUCCAAGCCACCAGCUACCUCCAAGAGAACUUCAUAGCCUUCCAGGACUGGUUUAUCUUCAUCUCCACAGUGGCCGACCUCCGAACAACGUUCUUUGUCUUCUUCCCCAUCUGGUUCCAUCUGAGGGAAGCUGUGGGAAUCCGUCUCAUCUGGGUCGCUGUGAUCGGGGACUGGCUCAACCUUGUUUUCAAAUGGAUCCUUUUCGGAGAGAGGCCCUACUGGUGGGUGCAUGAAACCGAUUUCUAUGGCAUCACAACACCUCCUGUGAUCAAACAGUUUCCCAUCACCUGUGAGACUGGCCCAGGUAGCCCUUCUGGACAUGCCAUGGGAUCUUCUGGCGUCUAUUAUAUCAUGGUGACGGCACUGAUAUCACAUCUAUUGCCACUGAAACAAAAAAACUUGUCAGCAAGGUGCCUGCGUGCCUUUCUCUGGACAGGAUUCUGGGCAGUGCAGGUUUGUGUCUGUUUAUCCCGGGUCUUCCUUGCUGCACACUUUCCACACCAGGUGGUCUCUGGUGUGAUCUCAGGGAUGUUGGUGGCAGAGGUUUUUGAGCACGUCCGUUCCAUCUACAAUGCAAACCUGCAGCGAUAUGUGAAUACAACCUUCUUCCUUUUUGGCUUUGCCCUGGGCUUUUACUUGCUGCUCAAGUUGCUGGGUGUGGACCUCCUGUGGACACUGGAGAAGGCCCACAAGUGGUGUGAACGGCCUGAGUGGGUCCAUAUUGACACAACACCUUUUGCCAGCCUGCUUCGCAACCUGGGCAUCCUGUUUGGACUGGGCUUAGGCCUCAACUCCCCGAUGUAUGCUGAGAGCUGCAAAGGGAAGCAAAGCCAACAGCUGACCUUCCGCCUCACCUGCAUCGUUUCCUCCCUGUUCAUCCUCCACCUGUUUGAUUCCUUUGAACUGCCCACCAACAGAGAGAUCCUCUUCUACAUCCUCUCCUUCUGCAAGAGUGCUUGUGCCCAUAUCUGUGCAGUGGCCUUGAUUCCCUAUUGUAUCUCCCAGCUGCUGAAACUGGCAAGGAAAAAAGACUUAUAGGGAAGAAAAGCCUUGGACCUGCUUCUCAACCAAGUGGAAUCCAUACUUAUUAGAUGUUAACGUUUGUGGGAGAUUGACCAGAACCUGCUACCAACCAACAUACUGAUUUUCUCUAAAUUUAGGUCAAAAGCAACUUGACUUCGGAGAAGGAAGGGCAAUGAGGAAUGUCAGCCAGGGAAAUGCAAAGUGAGUGCCAUGGAAAAACACAGAAAGUCUAAACUGGAAUAGAGAGAGGUUAAAGGACCUUGUUAAGUUCAAAAGUUAGCUAUCAGGUACAUCUUGUCUAUUUGACAGUGGUCUCUGGCAACAGUCGUCUGUUUCUGCCAACUUCUUUCCCAGUUGACUUUUAUUUCUUUGCCAGCUAAGAGUUUCAGUCAGUCCUGGGAAUCCACAUUUUAUUUUAUUUAUCCUCCAUACAGUUUUUGUCUUUGUAAACAUUGUGUAUAUUUACUUCAAAUAUCCCCCGCAUUGUAAUUAAUAUGCCUGGCACAAAAUCGAUACUACAGCCACCCAAAUUUCAAUCAGCCUGACACAGAUGUAGGAAAGGCUUAUCCGAAUGCUGAGGUGCCCAAUUAUGUUUUCCUAGAGUGACAUUAUGCAUUAUUUCCAAGAUGUGAAUGGCCACAUUACAUUGCACAGAGGGAACAUUUGUGGCACUCACCUGCACAUGAGCUGCAGGCCAUAGAUCUUUUCAUACUAACCAUUUGUUUAAUUGUGCUUUAUGACAAGCAUAUCAUGUUACCUGGGCCUCAUUAAAACAUGCCUAAGAGGAGAUAAUUGCCUAUGGUGUGUUUGUGUGAGCAGACAGGACUACAAUACUCUUUAACUCUGGCCUUAGAUAGCAUAUUUUCCUUAAAUGAGGGAAGUAUGCAUCAGCAUGGUUGGAAUGCAAGCAUAUUGGACAUAUGAAUCUGUCUAUGAAUCUGAUAUGAAUUCAGAUAUCAGAGGGAAUUGUGUUAUUUCCCCCCCCCCCCGAUAUUUUUGGCCUACAACUCCCACCAUCAUUAAUGAGCACAGCCACUGGUAAGAGAUUAUGUGAGUAAAGACCUAGCACAGUA